UUAAUUUGACAACAACAAUGGAGAAAGCAGCUCUAUGCUGCAUAUUCUGAUUGUAUUUUGAUUUUUUUUUUCCGCUCGUUUGAGGUUGACACAAAAAGUCUAUCGUCAGCGUCGCAAAAUGGUGGAUCCGGUGGGUUACAGAUUCCAUCCGACGGACGAGGAGAUAGUGGGAGAUUACGUGAGGCCGAAGAACAUCGAGAGCAACACGAGUCAUGUAGAUGAAGUCAUGAACACAGUCGAUAUAUAUGAAUUCGACCCUUGGGAGUUACUUUGCAAGUCGAGGAUCAACUCGACAGAUGAGGUUUGGUACUUCUUCGGUUGUAAGAAGGACCAACAGAACAGAGGAGAGAGACAGAGCAGGAGAACCAAGUCUGGUUUCUGGAAGAAAACCGGAGUUACAAUGGAUAUCAUGCGAAAGAGAGGUAAUCGCGAGAAGAUUGGUGAGAAAAGGGUUUUCGUGUUUCAGUACAGUAAGAUUCUUGGUGGGCCGUCGAAACCCAAAUCCGAUUGGGUCAUGCAUGAAUAUGUCGCUACGUUCUUGUCUCCUAACUUUCCUAAUCAGACGAUGACAUAUACAGUAUGUAAAGUAAUGUUUAAGGGUGACGAGAGAGUUUUAUCUUCUUCUUCUUCUGCUGUCGCUGGUGAAAUUGAGCACGGUCUCUCUUUGAUCCCUCUUGUCGACACUUAUUCGGCAGGACUGAGUAUUGAGACAGAGGUGGAUCCACGUCAGUUUACUGGCUUUCUUCAUUUGGAGGAAGAAAGUCAGUUCGAGGAUGAAAUGUUCAGGGUUUUCAACAAUUUGCCAACUGAUGAUUGGAACAGUUUGUUCAAUAAUGAUGAGGAACAGGGGAAUACUAUGUUUAUGCAGGAGGAUCGCAACGAUUACAGACCUAAAAAGUCACUCACUGGUGUCUUCGUUAGCGAUGAUGAUAGUGAUUCUGAUUCCAUAACAACAACAUGUUCACUUAAAAGUUCGAGCACUUGUGUUACUUUUGGUAGCUCUAAUCCACCCAUAUACCUGCCAGACUCCCCUUGCUUAACAAUCGAGUCAGUGUCGUUAACUCAAGAGGUGAGCAAAGCUCUGGGAGCCAAUAGUGCUAUAUCUGAGAAGAAGAUGAGUCCUUGUGAUGAUGAUGCACAAGUAAAUGAGAUCGGAGGUGAUCAAAUGGGUCAAGAGAUGGUGAUCAAGAACAAAAGAGCUGGUUUCAUUUACAGGAUGAUACAAAAAUUCACCAAGAAAAUCAAGCUAUGUUCUUGUGUCUCGAGAACAUGAUGCUGAUAGGUCCCAGUUAUAGGAUCUUCUGUUGUUGAUCUUGAAACAUGUGAUUUGAUACCAAUUAAGGUCACUCUUCAAAUCAAAGAGAAUUUGCCAAGAACAAACUAAGAUAUUGUUCCAGCAAAAUUGUAUCAUUUUUUUUUUGAAAAAAGGCUUAGCAAAAUUGUAUCAUCCAACCACAGAAUAUCAAACUUGUCCAAUCCUCUUUAACGUUGCAAUUAACGUCUGCUCCUCCGGUCCUCCUAAACCCUACAGAGAAGAAAAUUACAGGUUUCAACAAAAAGGAAACAAGACUAACAUCAAAUCAGAGUGCUUAAUUUACUAAUUUCAAAAAUCCCUUUACGUCCACAUCAUAUGUUUGGUUGUCGUGUUGAUGUUAAGUCCAAAUCCCAUAUUAGACUACUGGUAGCUUUUUAUUUUGCUUCUUCUAUAUAAUAGCAUAUGUAUACAAAUACUUGAACAAUAAUUUCUCAUAAUAACAAUAAAUACUCUAGAAAUCCAACUGAUUAAUCUAUAAUAAUUUUACAGAAUUGUUUGUUGA